GCUCUGUUUCCUGCUUUCUGCUGCGUGUGCUGCUGAUCGGGAGCAGGAAACUGGAGCUGGAAGUGGCAGGCAAGGCUUGCGAGGGAAGGAGGGAGGGAGGGAGGGAAGGAAGGAAGGAAGGCAAGAGGAGGCGACACCAGGCCAGCCGAGCAGCCCAGGCGCCAGGGCGGCGGGGAGAAGGUGGCCCAGAGCUUUCUCCUGGCCCCACACAACGGGCCCCGCUUUAUUCUGGGGGUCCCGGGGGAGGUGUGUCGGGCCCUCCAAAGGGGAAGCCACCACGUGGGUUUGGCCAGCCGAGCCUGACGGUGGUGUGAGCCUGAAGGAGGAGGAGAGGAAGGAAGGAAGGAAGCAGGGAGGGAGGGAGGGAGGGAGGGAGGGGGAGCGCCGGAGGAGCAACAAAAGAGGGGAAGGAGGGGAGGGGGAGAGGAGAAGCGAGCCAGGCCAGCCUCUCCCCCCUCCACAGCCCCACUCCUGCUCCACAGCCCUCUCUUCGGCAUGGACCGCCGUUCUGCAAAGAGCUGGGGGGCCAGUCAGAGUUUGCUAUGCCCUGGUGUUCCCUGCUGAACGCCCAGCUUUUCCGGACCGUGCCAUGGACUCCAUGUUUGAGGAUGAUAUCAGCAUCCUCACCCAAGAUGCGCUGGUUCAGGACGACGAGUGGCUGGACAGCCCCAACACCGACUUCUCCAGUGAGAUGUGCUCCGCUUCUCACUUUGCUCUAAUCACGGCCUACGAUGACAUCAAGAAUCGCCUAACGGGACUCGAGCGUGAGAACGCCAGUCUCAAACGCAAACUCAAGAUGUAUGAGAUCAAAUUCCCACUGAUCAGUGAGUUUGGAGAGGAGCGUAUCUUCCCAUCCUACGACUCCAAAGAGACAUCUCUUUUGAAAAGUGAGAAGGCCAAUCUCCAGCAACAGCUGAAUCAAUUCCAGCGUGAGUUGCAGAAAAGCAAGGAGAGAGAAGAGCAGCUGGCUGAGAUGAUCCAAGCCUAUGAAAAGCUGUGUGUGGAGAAGACUGACCUUGAAUCAGAGCUGGGGCAGAUGAGAGCACUGGUUGAGACCCAUCUGAAUCGGAUCCGAAGCCUGGAGCAGCAGCUGAGGCAAAGAGAUAGCAACUCAUUUCCGAACCUCAACUCUCAGCUUCCAAACCAGGAAGUUCAAUACCUGUCGCUUCACAGUGGCCAUGUAUUGGAUCGUUCCAUGAAUUGGCAGAGCCCCAGAGGCUUAGGCGAGGCAGAGGGCUUGGAGGUGCAGCGGUUGGAAGUCGAGCUGGAAGAAUCGAGGCAGGAAGUCCAGAACUCUCAACACCGAGAGGAACAGCUGAAAGCCGAAUGUGAAAGACUCCAGGCUGAGGUGAAGCAGCUACAAGAGACACGGGCGCAGGAUCUUGCAACCAGUCAGUCGGAGAGAGAUAUGGCAUGGGUGAAGAAGGUUGGGGAUGACCAGGUAAACCUGGCUCUUGCUUACACAGAGCUGACAGAGGAAUUGUGCCGUCUGAGAAACCUGAGUUCUCUGCAAAGCCAGAUUCUUCGGACGCUUAUGCAAGAGCAAACCAUCAGUGGUGGCCAGCGGCACUCUCCCCAUUCCCAGCGGCAUUCGCCUGCCCAGCAACGCCGUUCUCCAGCUCCUCAGUGCACUUCCCCAGCUCAGCAAGGAAGACCCUCCAUCCCUCAAUGCCAGUCUCCGGCCCUACAGAGACGGUCUCCAGCACCACCCUGUCAGUCUCCAGCUCAUCAGCGCCGUUCCCCAGCUCCGCCUCCUUGCCAGUCACCCGUCUCUCAGCGCCGUUCUCCGGCUCCACCUUCUAACCAGUCUCCUGCCCAGCAGCGUUGCUCACCAUCCCCCAAUUGUUCAUCCCCUGCCAUCAGUUCACAACACAGGUCUCCCGGUGGCGAGAGAAGCAUUAUGGAUCUGGGCUAUUCCAAGCCCUCGAGCCACCACAUCAAAGCAAGCUUCCAAGGCCGUCGGAGCUACUCGGAGGUGAGCGAUGCGGCUUUGUACCAGCAGAACCGCUCUCUCUGGCUGCAGCCUGAAGCUUCCACCCUACCAAAGCACCGUCCCUACGGUGAGGUUUACGCCAGAGACGCCUUUGAAGAGCACUUGCGCUUCGAGAAGCAGUCCUCAGACGAAGACGACUGGGCCCUCCCAAGUCCCCCCAGCCCUGAAGCAGGGGGCAUCCGCUGCGCCUCUUUCUGUGCAGGGUUCCCCAUCCCCGACACCUCCAUGCACCGGACUGAUGCCUCGUACUCCAGGGCUGAACAUGCCCAGUCCUGGCCCUCAAUCAAUUUGCUGAUGGAGACGGUAGACUCUGACAUCCGAAGCUGCCCUCUCUGCCAGGUGGCCUUUCCCAUUGGUUACCCAGACGAUGCUUUGAUAAAACAUAUUGACUCACACCUGGAGAACAGUAAGAUCUGAGGCUUGGGCUGCCCUUCUUCCUCUUCUGGCUUCCUUAAUGAGACCUGCCCACCUCACCCCACCCCACCCGUCUUGGAUGCUGCAUGAAAAGUGGUGGUGCAACAGGGGCUCUCUCUAAAAUACCUCCAAGUCUCCGGCAGACUGAACCAUGAAGAGUUUUGCCUCCCUCUUUUGUCCUCUUCUCUUUGCCUUGGUGUGUAAAGUGGGUUUUGCCUCUCCUUCCUGCUCUUUCUGAGCAGGACUUGCAAUAUUUCUCCAAUGCUUGGACCAUCUGUGGAGGUAGAGGAGGGGGUGAGGAAUAUCCUCGGACCGGGCUGAGCAGGGCAUAACAACCCAACAGCUCAGAAGCGAGGUUGCCUUCUGGGGGGCUCUGUCUACAUGGUUCAGUUUGGGUGUCUCUGGAAGAUCUCAGGGUAGGAUGAGUGAGAAGUCACACCUUGUUGCGUGUUUUGGGGUGGGAUGCAGGAACAGACAAGAUGGACUGCAGUCAACUGAGGGCAUAGCCUGCCACUCAGAAGAUAAGAAAUCUUGUGCAGGGAUAUCCAAGUGGGUCAAAUCUCCCCACCUUUUCAGCACCUAAGAAGGGCAUCUGGGUUGGUCAUUUAUCAGACAUAGAAAGCCUUGGCCUCCAGUCACUGGUUCAAGUGUCUUUGUCUUGGUCUUUUACAUUAAAAGGCUACUUUAACGAUGCUGCUGAGAAAUAGAGCCAACUUCCAGAGGUGUAGCAUGGACGUUCUUAUGUUUUUGCACUGGACAUUAUAACACACAAAGCUUUCCCCACUGUCACUUCCAGAGGAGCUCCUCCUGGUCUCCCAUGUAAUUUUCUUGUGUGUUGCACUAGAGGAACUGUGCGUCCCUGACUGGGUAGGGCUCCAGGAAGUGUCCCCGCGUGACUGUCCGUGUUCUCUUUUGGUGACUGUUUUCCGCCUUUCUCAUAAACACACUUCUCACCUUGCUUUAGAUAGUUCCUGUAUAACAAGAAUGGUACUCACCACAUUCUGCCUCAUAAAUCUCUCACAAUGACAGCAUGUUGACACUGUUUUCGACAACAGCAUAAAUGUAAACACACUUUCCAUAUCUGACAUCCAUCGUUUCAUUCUUUCUCUUGCUCUGGCCUUACUGAACAUAUUUUUUGCUGUACUGAUCUAAAACAACAGGCAUGUUCCGGUUGAUCUCUUCCUUCCGGAUGUGUGGUGCCUCCAUAUUGUGAGAAUUGUCUCCUUUACGAACAGCCUGUGCAUAACAUCAGGCUUUGCUGAAAAAGUAAAAAAAAAAGAAAAAGAAAAAAAAGAGCUGCACGGAAAUUCUCCUCUUUAGGCAACUGUCUUCCUAUCACCAGGUUCUUUAUUAACAAAUGUAUGUGUUGAGAUUUAUAGACUGCCUUAUCCCAAGAGGUCUCAGGAUACCCAGUGGCAAAUAGACAUGAGCCUUUGUGACUCACUAUCUAAUUCAUGUGGAACGUAAGAGGAGAAAGGAAUUUUAAAAAUGAGACAUGGAAUUGAAAUAUGUGUUAUUGAUGUUUUGUUCCUUUAUGCUCACCUCCCUUAUCCCCGUCGAACUAGUUGUAAUCCUGUUCAGUUUUCUGUUUCUGCAGAUUUGAAUACAACAGUAUUACUUCCCUCCUUUUAUCUUUAGUAUGAUCUCCCUCCUGUCAUGGUUUGAAAUUUCCACAUUCCCUUUCUUUCAUUUUUAUUUUAACUCCUCAUUCAGUAGGGUGCGGCUGAACCUUUCCUUGUCCACUUCUCUCCCGUGAUUGAACACCCUGCCUCUGGCUGUUUAUCUCCUAGCCAGAUUUACGUCCAGUCUUGGCGAUCUUACUAUGGGGUACAGAAUGUAUGGCAUUCUAGAUGCUGUGGGACUGCAAUUGCCACCGUCGCUUGCCACUGAAUGUGUAGGCAUGUACUGAUGGGAGUUGCUGUCCAACUUCAUCUGGAGGGCCACAUGUCCCUAUCCCUAUCUUGCUAGCUCCUUUGUAAAGGUGAAUCCAAUUUUCUUACAAAAUGCAUGUUGAAAAUAAGGAAGAUCCCACGGGACACGUCACUUUGUCUCAGCCACUGAACAUUUACAAAUUGUGUGUCUCUUUAUAUACAAGGGCUUGAAUUUGAUUCCUGGUCUUACCUAAAGAAGGCCCAUUGAAUAAAUGGGAUUUACAUAUAUGAUAAUUUAUUACACUAUGUAACACAAUUUUUGUUCCUGGGUUAUAAAUGUCAUUUCCGAAUUGGUUCUAUCAUAAAAACAUGGGAAAAGUUCAUUAAACUACAAAGACUUUGUUUUUUAUUGGACAUCCUGCAGCUUAUUUUGUUAUAGUUUUUCAGUGAAUAUCUCAUUGAGUCUCAACCAAUUCAACAUAGUUUGUGGCAGCCACAAAAAUGAAGUUUCUGGAGUAUGACAACUACUUUCAAAGUAAGUACUGCACAAUUAAACAGGAAAUAACACUUUCAAACCAGGAACAGAAUUUUUGUCAAAUUUUGUUACAUAGUGUUAUUCAACAGUUCAUUUAAUGAGCCUACACUUGUUGGGACUAAUCAACAGGAAACCAGUUAAAGUCUCUAAGAACUUCACUAACUUCGCAUUAAUCCUUUCUAAGAUCUACCGUAAUACUAAUUAAGAGAUAAACAACCUGUCGAGAGUUGUACAGCCCAAUAAGGGCUGGGCAGUUGCUGGGACCCUCAUCCAUUAAGAUUGCCUCUCUCCACCUGGAACUCUCCAGAUGUAUUUGACUACAUUUAAUCAUUCCCAUUACCACGUACACUAGGAAUCAUGAGAGCCAGGUCAGAGAAGACCAGCUUAAGGGGUACAUUUUUCAAGGACCAGCACCACUUACCUUGGUUUUCAUUUUCAUCUGGGUCAGUGGUCCUCAACCUGUGAGUCCCCAGGUGUUUUGGCCUACAGCUCCAAGAAAUCCCAGCCAGUUUACCAACUGUUAGGAUUUCUGGGAGUUGAGGGCUAAAACAUCUGGGGACCCACAGGUUGAGAGCCACUGAUCUGGGGACUCCUAUUGAAUAGAAUGAUAAAGUGCCCAAGUCCCUUGAAAAUAUAGUGGGUGUUCUAACAUGUUCUUUUUGUUGAUACACUCUGAAUUCGUUCACUGUUUUUACCAUGCCAUUCCAGGUCAGUUAUGGGGCUUUUCCACAUCAACUUGCUUGAAGAUUCUCUGAAACCUUUGUCCCCACAGAGUGUGGUAAAAGAGACACAGAAAACUUGUAUUAACUAGAGUUGAUGGACAUCCAUUCUUACUCUUGUUUUGGUCAGAUUUGUAGCCUUUCUCGUCUUACUUUUCCCCAGUUGGAAGGUUCACAUGUUGGUUUCGCAAGAAGAGAAGUUUGCUGGGAAGAUGGCCCUUGCAGAACAUAUCUUCCACUCUCUGUCAGCUGACUCAGAAUCUGAGCUGAACAGCCUGCUCUGCUAACAUCUGACAAGCUGGUGGAAAUGGAAUUCAGGGGUGUCCCCCCCCCCCACACACACACUUAUUGUAUUAUUACCUAUUUUGUGAGACAUUUUUGCUGAGUCUCCCAUUCCACUGACUUGUAAUGGUGUCUCCAGAGCAGCCUGAGAUAAUUCCUCACUUUACUACAUGGCAGGGCUGCUUCUGCUUGAGCCAGAUCAACAUUAUUUUCCCUCAUCUUUAUCAACAAAGUUUAGUGACACAGUUGCCACAUGGAGCCAUGGUGAGUCUUCCUCUAUGAGAAUGAGUUCUGUAGAUACCUCUGCAAAGUGGUCUUCAUCUAAAAUUGUAUAGUAGCAUGGAAAACGGUGUCUGGCAAAUGCAGUGAUUCUCCUUACACACGUGCACAAUUCACUGAAUGGAUCUAUUUAAAAUGGAGCGAUUCACUUGGCACCCAUAUUGUAUGGGCCUUCCCUCAUACAGGCACUGAGAACUAGCCACGGAAACAUUUCAUCCUCAUGAAAUCAUAUUCUUUCUCUGAUUAUAUGGGGAUUUUUUAAAAGUGGGAAGACAGGCAAGUUCUAUGAACAAAGCUGAAAAUGCAUCUUUCCCACUUGUUACCUUUCUUCCAUUUCUGUUUGUGAAAUCUACCUCAGAACUGAUGAGAAGCAGGAAUGAUACAAGCAAAAAAUGUGCAGGUGGGUGGGCAGUAAAUGACAGGGAGAUAUUAUUUUUUAAAAAUCCGUAGCCUACCGUAUUUGAAGGGCUCUAAUAUUCUCCAAACUCUUUUUCCUUGCCUUGAAGCAUUACAUUUUUUGAAACAAAAAGGGAUGGCAAGCUCAAGGCGCUGAUGAGAGGGGGAAGCAAAGGCCACGAACAGAGGAAUAUUCUCUGCUUAAGAUCCUUCAUAUCUGUUUAGGCUGGUUUAGCGUAGUGACUAUACUGAGUAGUGGCCUAUAACAGCUCUGAAUGAAACUUCACAUUUAGCACAUGUAACUUACAUAGAUAUUUUGGAACCAUCAGUGGCUCCAAAGUGUUUCCAGAUGAAGGAACCAUCUCACACAGAAUUGUAUGGGGUGGGUGGGCAGAUGUCACCUUCAGUUUAUGAAAAUAUUUUCUCCACAUUGUCCCACUGCUUUUCCAGUCUUUUUUAUCUGCCAGAAAGAAAGCUGUUUAAGGAGUGAAGGGAAGAAAUGGCUCCAAGAUUCCUUUUUGUUACCUAGGAAGCAUCCCCCCCCUUUUUAGAAGCACCCCAAGACUCAACAGACAACUAUAAAUGUACAGUUGGGGAAUGGCUUUUGCCCAAUUGCAGUACAUUGGUGUAGGAAUUACUUGCAGUAAAAUAAACCAGUUUUGUCAUUUGUGUAGAGAGCAAAAGUUAGAAGAUCAACACUGUCUUUAACUAAGCCUUAUAGUAUAGGGCAGGCAUGGGCAAACUAAGGCCUGAGGGCCAGAUGUGGCUCACUGGGUGCUUACUUUAGGCCCACCUCAUUUUCCCUGUCCUCUCAGCAUUAGGACAUGGUGGCCCACUGCAUCCUUAUGCAGAAAGGAUGGGGAGGAAGGUACGCAGCAGCCGAGAGCCCUCUGGAGCGCUCUCAGCCAACACAUUUCUCACCCUCCUCCCAGCAUAAGGACAGAGUAAACGGCUCCGCCUUAUGCCGAGAGGACGCAGCAGCUGAGAGGAUGCAGUGGCCGAGAGCCCUCUGGAGCACUCUCGGCUGUCACCUGUUACCUUCCUCCCAGCAUAAGGAUGGGGCAAACAGCCCCAUCUUUAUGCCAGGAGGACAACCUGAGGAUGGCCCCACCCUCUCACAGGCCCCCUCUGUCCCGGCCUGUCCAUCUCAGUCUGCCCACAAUGUGGUCCUAAGGCAAAAAUGUUUGCCCAUGCCUUGUAUAGGGUCUACCAAUGGCUAAACAGAAUGUAAGUUUUCUCUCAUUACCAUUUUUCAGGGGAGGAGGGCUGGAGCUUGGAAAUGUUAUACUUUACAGCUAUUGCUGCUAGAAUUGCUUAGGGUGAUUCUGAGAUUUCCAGGCCACAAAUCUAACAUUUCUGGGCUCUGGUCAGCUGCUUCUUUCAUGCCUUGCUUGACAGUUUCCCAGGAACAUCUGCAUGGCUACUAUCAAAAAGAAAUCAUUGGCGUAAAUGGAAUUUUUGGAUUCAAACCUUCAAGACAGACUUUAAAUUCUUAGAACCAUUGGAGUGAAUUUGAGAACUCUGUAAAGGUAAACAAAAAAACCCCCAAAUUGUUUUUCCUAUGUGCGUUGUUAAAAUAUGUGUUGGGGGUACAUUAUUCUACACUGUUACAAUGCAUGUUUAUGUGAAUACUCUUCCAGCCCUUUAUUAGUCUUUUGUUCCUUAUUAACCAACACAUAGGAGUCUCACAAUGGGUAAUAUAGAUUAGAUUUGCCUUUGGGCAGGAUCAGAAUAAUCCAGCUAUAACUUUUUAUUAUUCACAUACACCUUUCCUUCUGUCUAGUAUUUUUUCCUAAAUCAAAUAUGGUUCAGUUGAACUACUUGGCUCAUCUGAAUCACACACGUUUCAGGGACCAAAGUGCACCCAAAUGUUAUAUUACACUUUAAGUGGGCAAAUUUAAAGAAUUCACAAGGACCGAGGAGGACUUGCCAAUGCAAUGCCCCAGGAACGAAGCACAGAGGGAGCAGCCAAACAGUUGCUUGAAGCAAUGGCAAGGCGUGAUGUGAAGACCCCACGCUCCCAAAUUCUUUAAAUAUACCCUCCCUCCUAAAAGUCACAAAACAUUGUCCCAUUUUUUGCAAAGGAUGAAUGAUUCCACAAAAUGGGGAUGGAGGGAAUAUUCAGCACAGUUUGAAAAAGAACGUAUCAUUUGUUACAUUAUUUGUUUGUCAAAAAUCAGCCUCUCUGUUCCAACACCCCUUCUCUCUAGCUUAUUUGUUCUGAACAUGAAGGAGCAAGAAAAACUUACUUAGCUGUCGGGCUGAGAAAAAAAAAAACCCUUGGGAGAGAGACUGGUCUGUUUGUAUUGUCCUGAUCCUUUUCUUUGAUGUGUGUUUUUUCUUCUGAAGAGAUUCUGUGCUCUGUGAAACAGAAUAACUCCAAUAAAAGUUGCCAAUUGAUGGACA